AAUUCACGGGAAGCGAAAAGUCAGUUUGCUUCUCGGGAAAGAAGGUAUUGUAAUUAAUUUAUAGUCUUUUCUUAAGAAGUGUGACAUUUUGGCCUGUUUGCUAUGUAAAAUGAAAGCAUAGCUAACGCGUGGAUGCGAUAUUUCCUGUCAAUAUCAUUGACUUACAGCAUAUUAGCUUAUGAUAUUUGAAGCUCACGCUUGUAACGUAAGAGGAGUCAGGGUUAGGGUACAAAAAACGGUAAGAUUUCCGUAUAAUCCCAUACAUUUAUUGUGUAUACAUGUUUCAACUCUAUUCAUAUUAAACUAUUUGGGAGAAAAAGUAAGAAAUUACUGGAUGCAUAAUAAAUAAAUGGGGUCAUUCGCCAUUUUCACUUAGACCAUAAUGCAUCUUGUUUACCCCCCAAAAUUUUGCUUUACCAUUGUUUCCAACUUCUUCUGGGUAUUACAGGCGUCCCAAAAGAAAUCAAAGACAAUAGUUAUGCAAAAUGUUGUGGGUAAACAAGGUGCAGUAUGGCAGUGCUCGAAGCUAACGGUCGUUCACUCGUCUAAAACGAGUAAAAUUAGCCAACAAUUGAGUAGAAUUAAAAAAAGGAAAGAUGAAGAAAACGCUAAUACAGGUGAUUCCCAGCCAACAAGAGUGAAAAAGGCAAAGAAGGAUAGAGACUUCAAACCAGCAUGGAAAAGGAUUUUGCAUGGUUUAUAGUUUACAAUGAAACCGAAGGGAAAAAUGUUUUGCCAGUAUUGUGUAAAUUUUCCAAACAGUAAAAACGAAAAUUCGUCUUUCCGCAAAGGAAGCAAAAAAUAAUUUCUCAUAGCCAAAGAAACUCAAGAUAAAAGAUUAUACUUUUCAUUAGUGUUUAUUAUUAUAAUUUAAAAAGUGAGUCAUGCUUUACCAUGAUUUUUUAAUGUGUGAAUUGCAUGUUUGUGACCAGAUGAUGGAUGGUAGACAGGACUAGUAUAAUUGCCUUCAGGACUAGUAGAUGCCACCCACUACUAGUCCCAGGACAAUUGACUAAAAAAGUUCGUUUCGAGCACUGUAUGGUCUAUGUGAAAAUGGUGAAUACAGACAUCUUACCCAAAAGUUUAAAUUUUGAAUAAACGCAAUUAAGAAUAUGGCCAAGAAAGACUUCCACCAAGACCAAUACAUAUUGAUUACGUAUACAAUUUCUGACUCCUGUAAGCUUAUGUAUUUGAGGAAUUGGAGGGAAGGUGUAUGAAUAUAAUCUAUAUUUGUGGAGUGUAUUUUUGGAAAUGUCAUGGGGUUGUAGAGAUGUUGUGAGGAAUAGAUAAUUCUAAGUGUCAUUAUCACUGUUAAUUACUUCGAUGUCCUGUUAUUUCACAACAAAGUCUUUUUUGCCACUUCCCUCAGAGUAGAGCUAACUUUUCUGUAGCAUGGUAUGAACUAUGGUGUGAAAAAGUAGCCUCCACCGACAACCAUAUCAUUUUCUAUCAUGCAUGCAUGAGUCUCCAUAUGUGAUUCUUAAGCAAAAAUGGCAUGUAUUACAAGGUGCAUUUUGUCUAGUUCAUACUUAGUCCAAUUUGUGUCAAUUCCUUCUGACACAAGUAGCUGUGAAUGCAGAUAGAGUUUUCAACUGCCUGAGAAUAAAUUGCGACAAUAUAUUGACCUAAAAUAGUUUCAAAUUCUUCUUAGGGGUAGAAAUGAAGCCACAUUUUAUGUUGUUGUGAUAGGUCAUGAAAAAAAUUUGAAUUUCACAGGCCUUAAAAAGUGUACAGACCAGGUUAACUCAACACAAUAGCAGAUCAAGGUUAUUCAAGUUUAUGCAUUUGCCAAACCUAUAGAAGGCAGUAAUUUUUUAUUUGAAGACCCACAAAGACCCAUAUUUCACCCUUGCUCACCACCGAGUCUUCAGUAGCUUAGUGAUUAGAGCAUCUGACUAGAUCACAGAGGGUCGUGGGUAUGAAUCCCAUCUGGGGCUUGGAUUUUUUUCCAAGUUUCCAUUUGAUGCAAAAAACGUAUCAUGUGGUUGUACUUCUACAAAUGUACACAAGACUCACUUGGUGGUUGGAUGGUUGCAUCUAUGCCUAAAUGUGGCCUCGUAAUGCAGUUAUGAGUUAUACGUGCUUUUCCUGGUUUGACUAUGUGACUGCGUGAUGCCAUUCUUGUCAAAGACCCACAUUUCACCCUUGCUAGAUCAAGAAGGGUCGUGGGUUUGAAUCCCAUCUGGGACUCAGACUUUUUUGUGAGUUUCCAUUUGAUGCAGAAAUGUAUCAUGUUGUUGUAUGGUUGCAUCUCUGAUAUCAGGGCUGUCAUUAAGAGCUAGGAGCCAGGGAUUUUCCCCAGCUGCUAUGAAUGUGACUCCCGGCUGCUUUUAUUGGAAAACAGAUGAAAAAUAGAAUCAAAAAUUUUAAAACUUUAGCUGUUUGAUACCCUGCCUACUUAUUGUAUUUACUCAGCAACUUGAAUCUUAGUGACAACCCUGGAUAUGCCUUAAUGUGACUGCAUGAUGCAGUUAGGAGUCAUGCGUGCUUGUCCUGAUUUGACUAUGUGACUGCCUGACACAGUUCUAGUCAAAGACGCACAUUUCACCCUUGCUCACCACCGAGUCUCCAGUAGCUCAGUGGUUAGAGCAUCCAACCAGAUCAGGGAGGGUGGUGGGUUCGAAUCCCAUCUGGGGCUCAUUUUUUUUCAGAGUUUCCAUCUGAUGCAAAAACACGUCACGUCAUUGUACUUCUACAAAAGACUCUCUUGGUGGAAACCAGUUAUUUCUAUUUAUUUCCCCUUAUUUCUGGAUGGGAAUGUAUGGUUGUCAACAGGGGUUACUUUUUUGUAUACCAGUAUGUAAUCUGAAAAAGUAGCUUUAUCCUUUCAUCAGACCAGAUCCCUUAAUGUCUUUUUGUUAAGCAUGCCUAAUUUUUCUAUCUAGCUUUUUAAAUUCUUCCUCUUUUUGUUUUAUUUUUCAAGACAGUUUGACUGCAGUUACUAUUAGGUAUAUGCACUUGUGUUGAAAAUUCAUACUAUUUUAGCAUAAUGGGUACUUACUUAUUUGAGGCGUGGCAUUUAUAUGCAACGUGAAAAACAAGACUCUCCUUGCUGUCUUUAACAUGUGUCAAACCAUGUUAUAACAGACAUCUGUACCAGACGUAUUCUGACUGAUGAACAAAUAAGCUUGUGCCUAAAGUAAUAGCACUAUAGGGCAAAACUCCCAACACAAACUAUGAUCUGCAAAGGUCAACAAACAGAGCAACAGUGAAUACAAUCACGUGAUAUAAAUACAGUGUAGCAGCCCUUUCAGCCAUGACAGGCCUCCCCACCAGAGAACACCUGCUCUUACAAGACUGCACUUCUGUCUCAGAUGCCUCGAUUUUAACCUUGCUUAAAAUAUUUGUUUUAAUCUGUAAGUUUCUAGUGGUGUUUGAGGGGAGGGGGAAAGGCUUGUUUAAUAUUAUUAUUAUUACUGCAGUGACAACCCUUCACACACCUCUCUUUACCAAGUUGCAAUGUUUUGCCCCUAGUGAUCCCAGGAUCUUGUGUGCAUAAUGUAGGUCUGUUGCUUACUCUCCAUUAUUUCCUGGCUGAUCUAAUACCUAAAAAGUAUUAUUAUAAUUAUUGUAAUAGUUAUCAUUAUUUAUUUCUGUACAGAGAUUUCCAAAUGUCUGCAAAGUUUCAAACCAGGUAUGAUGAAAGAAUCAAAGCCCCAUCAUUUGAAGAAAUUGACCGAAAGGAUCCUGUGGCAUUUAAAGCAGCAAGAGAUCGUUGGAAUCUGGAGAGGUUAAUUGAGUUGGAAAUAGUGAAAAUAUACCGAGACAGAGUCACAGAGUGUCACAGAAGAGAAGAAGUUAAUGCAAGACAGAACUGCAGAAAAGUUGUUAGUGACUACAUGAAAGCCUUCAAUGAAUACAAGAGGAAAGGUAUGUGAACAGAUCAAGAGGUUCAGUUGCAUGCUUUCUCUAAAGUAAAUAGUAUGUAAAAUCCAUGGAUAGAAAAUAUUGUAAAUAACUAUUUUAUCUGACAAUAAAAAAAUUAUUGGCUGCUUUUAUAUUUCAAGGAUUAAUAAACUUCAUUUGCUGAUGGAAAAAAAAAAUCCGAUUUGGUUUUUCAUUUCCCACCUAUAGAACUUGACGUUAUGAAAAUGUUCUGACAGCUUGAUUAAUUGCAGAAAAUGUUGCUGUCCUUCCAUGAACAGUGAACAUUAUUUUACACUACACUUGAGCUCACAAGCAGAGACAUUUACAGUGUAAAGUUAUGUAAGGGAUAUAGAAUGAAAAAUUUGAGACUUCAUGAGACUGUGAGACCCUGGUUUCAAAAUUCGAGACCGAGACUUAAGUGCUUUUAUCAAUUUUGAACCUGAGACUUUACUUCUAAAAAAUCCGAGCCCCAGACUCAAAGCGCCAAAAAUUUCGAGAUAAUAGUACAAAUAAAGCAAAAUAAAAUGACCAAAAAUGCCAGUGGAAGCUAGCAGAAACCCACCAAUACAGGUGUAUACUCCUUUGUCUUGUUUUACUGUCUUUAAAUCUAAUAACUAGCUCAGUCCAAUAAGCUGUACCCAUGAGCUCUGAACAAAUCGACUCCUGAAGACCCUCACGAAAAGAAAAAAUGACAAAUCCGAGACUCCAAAACCCAUAAGCAAAAAAAACAAAAAAGGAAAGACUCUGAGAUGCAAAAAUCACCUGAAAAAGAGACUUUGAAACCCAUCAAGAACGCUUUUGAGAUUUCGAGACUGGGCCAAAUUUUCUGAGACCCACGUUUUUCAAGGUACCAUUCGAUACCAUUAAUAUACAUUUGAUUGGUUUAUCCUGAUUGUGUGUUAUGUUUACUCUUCAUUUCCCAGCAUGGUUUUGCACAGAAGAGGGAACCUGGGCACGAUGGAAAGUGGAGUAUGAUUAGCUGAUGCAAAAUAAUCAAGGAUCUUUCCAGGAGCUGUUCUGUAUUAACCUGUCUGUGGAUGUUUACUUCAUUGCCACCUUUGGGACCUUUGAGACUGUUUAAAAAUGACCUUCGUCCAUUGAUGUAUGACAUUGAUUAGCUUUUAUGGGUUCUAUCUAUGUUUGGUGCAAUAAAUUACAUUAAUGUCAUUAAAUCCAUAUUUUUACUAAAAAGAAAAAUGUCAAUUUUAACUUGUUAAACUUGUACUCAUGUCUUGGUUUCUAGGGUUCAGUUUGCAUGGGUGUGACAUGGAGAAGAUAAUAAUUAGCAUUGUUAAAAUUUGUAAAUUAAUGAAUUUCAGAAGCAGAUUGUAAUAGUAGAUGUCCUGUUGUACUACAUUGUAGUUUUUGCUGUCAGUACUACUUGUAAUAAUGUGGAAGUCUGUGUGGAAUUUUAUACCUUUAAUUUUUGAAACUACAUUAUAUAGACAUAGAUAACUGACUUCAAGGAGAGUCCAGUCUGACCAGCCUUGUGGAAAGUUUUCAAGACGUUGGAAUGAUUUGCUUUAAAAAUUGCAGCUUUCAAAUCUCAGUAUCUUUGGUCAAAAGUGCUUUGGAGUUCCCAAGUGACUUGGAAACACUUUGCUUGAAGAAAUCUGUAUUCUCUCAACGAGCAGUCUGUUAAAAACAUUCCAGCUUAACAGAUUUAUUAGAGCCAGGACAAAAUUAGGAUAAUCAUAGUUGUUUUAAUCUAUGUUCUUAACUCUGUGUAUUAUGUUUAAGUCUGCAAACUAUUGAUGAAAAGGAAGCUACUCUUGCAUGGUAUGUCUUGUUUAAGGUAAAAGGAC